AUGGUGAGAAACACUAAUACAAUCCGGGGCGCCAGUUCAUUCGGUUUUGCUAACGAUAUCACCUGCAGUCCCAGACAAAAUGAUUGGCUCCCAUGGUGUCGACAUUCAGCUGUGGAAAACGAUUGCCGUCCGCGACGUCACUUAUCCAGCAAGGUCGCUUUCUCGCCCAACGGUGAAUGGCUCCUUAUUCCCGGUGGCACACUCGUAAGGCUUUGGAAUACUUUAGGCGGAACCACAAAUUGCACGUCCAUGUACUAUGAUAAAGACAUCCAUGUUGCUGCUUUGUCCCCAAAUGGCAAAUAUCUAGCCACGGGUGGGACCAAGCUGAUGAUCUGGGAUGUCGCUACGGGGCUAAUGUCCCCUCGCAGAUCUUUCGACGUGGAGCGUAAGGUUCAGUACGUUGCGUUCUCACCAGAUAGCAGUCUCGUGGCUUUUUGGGAUUUUGGUUCAUGCCAAAAGGUGUUCAAAUUCAGACAUUCAAAUACCAAUUAUCUGUCUCUAAGCUUUUCCCCCGAUGGCAACAGACUGGUGUAUCGUGGUGAUUACCGAGUGUGGACCCAGGAUCUUAGUACCUGGGAAUUUUUCAUUUCUUCAACCCCCCAGCUUUCAAAACAGCGGAGCCGAAGUUCUCCCCGGAUGGAAGAUACCUAG